AUGGAAGAGGAGGGUGUUCUUGGCUUGGAAGAUGAUUUCUGCUUCGGAUGGGGUUAUGGUGGUGAACCUCUUGGCGAAAUGGAUGGCUUUUUGCAGGAGUUGUCGGUCGAUGGAGGGGCAUCCGUCCAAGCGACUUGCCUCACUCUAACCGCUAUGACGAUUGAUCGAUACUACUUGAUCGUUCAUGCUGUCAAAUCAAGAAACACACGGACCACUUUUAGAGCCAUAGUCAUCAACGUCUCUAUAUGGGCAGUUUCGUUUCUCCUCCAUCUUCCAGUUGUAAUCUACACGAAAGUCCACGUGGUAAAUAACUAUACGGCAUGCUAUCCUCAGUUUCCCUGGGAGCGAGCCAAAGAUUAUUACCCUGUUUUUGCAUCAUUCGAGCUUUAUGUCGUUCCAGUAAUUAUCAUCAUGGCAUGCUACAUUCAGAUUCUUCUUCAGGUGUGGCAGAAAACUUCGGGAGGCACUGAAAGUGCGCAGGCGCACGCCCGAGCACUACGUAGGAAAAAGAAAAUUACCCGGAUGGUGUUCAUAGUCGUGGUUCUAUUUGCAUUCUGCUGGGCACCCAUUCACACUUUUAACAUCAUGACAGCAUCGGGGGCGAAGGUCAUAAUGGCAAACUAUGGUAUCGCACAAUGGUGGAAAAUAUUCUUUCUCACGUUGGCAUAUGCCAACUCUUGCAUCAAUCCCUUUGUUUAUGCUUUUACAACGACCAGUUUUAAGAAAUACUUCAAGAGUGUCUUUGGUGCAGCGUGUGGGCAAUACUCAAGGGAAGGACACGCCAUGAGUAUCAGUAUGGAGACGAAGACAGAAAGAAUCACAACUAACUCCACCAAAGAGGACUCGUCGUUAUGACUAAAGAUAAUGUGUUUUGGGCACUCUGAUAAGAGUAGAAUACCGAGGGAACACGAGAACACUGCCACCGAAGAAUCGUCUUCAGGCGAAGAACUCUGAAGAGAACGAGGUCUGCUUGGGACAGCCAUUCGUACUAAGCUAUGAUCCGAUGAUCUGAUAACACCGUGAAGAUUUCAUCGUCAGUCCAUGGAAGGUUAUUUGAAAGUGUGGCAUGAGUUCGGAAACGAUCUCUUUGAGAUAAAAAGAAAGAAAAAUGUCGUAUAUAGAGACCAUUACAAAGAAAUGCCAAUUGGUUUCGACGUAAUCUUGAGAUGAGUUUCAAGCAUUUGAUCACCAGUGAUCAUCGGUUCGUAUACAAUCUAUGAGUGGAACACAGUCAAGCUCGGAUCUUAAAGGUAUAUACUGAGAUGACGCAGGAUAUGAUGCAGGAUAAACCAGACAAAACUCACAGUUUCCAUAUCAGGUUGAAACCUAUUUCGCUCGUUUGCAACCUGGAGGAAAAGGUUUACCGACAUUUUCUGAUUACAAUUAUACAUAAUGAAACCAUUCACCAUUGUUAAACAAAAUCAUUAACUUAACCGAAUUAAUUUGCUACUUGAAGUUUCAGAUAUGUAUUCUUUUGUAGGAAGUGUCGGUAGAUUGCAUUGGCGGAUGAUACACCCUCGUGUGUUUAUAUUUCCUCUGGGUGUUAUCCAAACUAGAUCACCAGGGCAAAAGAAAAACAUUCAGCAAGUUCUCUGUACUUCCCAAUCUAUCAAUUAUCGGUGGGAAUUGAGUGGGAUACCGGUGGUUUUUCGUCGUUCCUUGACAGGCCUUUACCAACUGAAGAUUGUAUCCAGUCGAUCGGCGGCCUGGUAAAGUUAACAAACCUGUCAGAAUAGGUUCACCGCCCAAGUCUUCUCCAAGAAACAUUCAACCUUUUGUGGGAGACUUAUCAGAUUAAUGGUCUUGAUCUGUGUUGAAACCUGUGGAUGAGGGGAGACAACUGUAUUGAUAAGUGCGUAAUGAACCAAUGCACAGGCGGCUCUUCCCGGGGGCUACGUUAGUUCCAUGAUUGGGGAGAAUUGGACAGAAAUUGAUGGAACCGAUUGGAGCUCGUCAACGGUGCUGGAUAAAGGUGCAUUCACAUCGUGUUGCUCUAAGGAUGAUUAAAGCAAACUUUCCUUGCGUUUGAACCCACCUUAGUCCAAUAUACAAUGACCUUUCCUUACCUCCUUUGGUUUAGGGUUAAAGCUAAUAUCCAUAUUUAGCUUUAAUUUGAGAAGGACUGGAUUGUUUUUAAGGGCAAAGAACCCUUUCGACAUUUAAUAAAUAAAAUAACACUCAACAAGUUAAGGAGAAGGGAAAUCAUUUAAAUACGCUACCUUAAAUUUAUCAAUACAAUGACAACAUAAUAAAUCAUGAAUAAUCGACAUGUUGGAAAUGCUGCAUUCCAUUUUUACAAUUCUAAGACGUUUCCUGAAAUGCUAGAAAAUGAAGCUUCGAGUGCAAUGGUUUCUGUGAUACUUAACAGUUUCUCAUUAACUGAUUAUGCUUGGUGUUAGUUGGUUAAAGGUAUAGGUUCAAGGGCAUACCGACCAUUUUUAUGAGGCAAAUCUAUUUUUGAACUCUUGAUGAAGUGAAGUGAAGUUAAUUAAGAUGAAAUGAACAAAUACGAAAUAUUAAGACAUUAUAUUAUGCAAACAUUUCCUACUUAUAAUUGAAAUGCUUGUAAACUUCAUUUAUAUCUCAUCAGGGGGUGUUUCACAAAGACUAAGAUCAAAUUGAAGUUGAACUUAACCAUGGCAGGCCAUUCAUGCCACCGAUUGCUCUCACCAUUGUGAUCUUUAGAUAUAAAUGUGUUUCCUUCAAUCAUCGAAAAAUGUAUAUUCUGUAGAUUUGUGACCUUGAUUUGUACGUCCCUUGAGAGACAAAUGCC